UUGAGAGGCGACGAUCCCAAAUCCGGCCUGCGCACAGCACGGACAAGAAAACAACCCCUUUGCCAGCACAUGGCCGGUACUACGACCCGACCGACUGCCCGAGAUCCAAGGCCCCCGCCGCGCCCCGCCUCGCCCCUGAUCUCUCCCGGGGGCGCGCGCCAACGGCACACGCACGUGGCCGGCGAGACGGAGCCGAUGGCCGCCGCUGACUCUGCCUCCUCCUCCUCCUCCCCGGAGUGCCCCGCCACCCCCUCCAGGCCCACGGACCCCGACUUCCUCAGCUGCGUCCUCCAGCCCACGACCCCCUCCUCCUCAUCCCGCCCCGACGCCGACUACGCCGCCCUCCGGCGCCUCCUCCUGCGCCGCAAGCCCUCCUCCGCCCUCCAGCACCGCAUGGAGUGGCGGUGCAACGGCAAGGGCUACGUCGCCUACCGCUACCUCCUACUCCGACGCAUCGACGGCGGCAGCGCCCACAGCACGCCCAGCAACAGUGGAAGGUGGGCUCCCUCUCCUGGCCCUGCUACAUUCUCUGAGGCAGACAGCUGGAGUUCUACCCGGGACUGGAGAAGUAAUAGUGGUGUGUUAAGCCACACCAUAAGUAUCAGCUCAAAGCAGAGUGAUCCUGAGCGCCAUGUCAGAUUCGCCGAGCCUGCAUACUCAUUUGUUGGAAUGCAUUGCAUCUUUGACAACUGCAAAGCCUCAGUUACGAUAUUGAAAUUUGGCCAUGCGAGUUCUGAUCUACUUGCGUAUGGUGCGGCAGAUGGCAGUUUGACAGUCUGCCAGGUUUCCGAGCCACCAUCUGUUCUUCAAAAAUUGACAGGACAUUCUAAAGAUAUCACAGAUUUUGAUUUUUCAUCUAAUAACCAGUACAUAGCUUCAUGCUCCAUGGAUAAAACUGUGCGAGUAUGGGAGAUCUCUAAAGGCACCUGUAUCAGGGUUGUAUAUGGAGUUUCUUCCCAGCUAUGCAUCUGCUUUCAUCCUGUGAAUAAUAAUUUGCUUCUAGUUGGCAACACAAACAGGGAAAUCAAUGCAAUAAAUUUUAGCACUGGGAGAGUAAUCAGCAAACUUACCUUUGAUGAUGCGAUUACAGCUUUGGAUAUUGAUCACACUGGGCAGCUUAUUUUCGCUGGUGAUGCACAGGGUUUCAUAUAUACUGUUAGUGUGAAUUCACAUACAGGGUCGUUAUCUAGAACUCACAAGAACAAGAGCAGUAAGAGCAAAUCUCCUAUUACUACCAUCCAGUAUCGCACCUUCUCUCUGGUAGCACGUUAUCCAGUACUUCUUUCUUGUGCACAAGAUGGAAACCUGUCUUUCUUCAGCAUUGCAACAGAUGCUAAGGGAUACUUGACCCUCAUAUGCUCCCUAAAAUUGGCCUCGCGAGUGCAGAGGAUCCGUGCUUGUUUCUGUCCGCUUCUUUCCCUUGAGAAAGGAGAGUUCAUAGUUACUGGUAGCGAGGACGCAAAUGUUUACUUCUAUGAUUUGGCACGCCCAAAGAACACAUGUGUGAAUAAACUACAGGGACAUGGUUCUCCAGUAAUUGGAGUGGCCUGGAAUCAUGGGGAAAAUUUGCUGGCCUCAUCCGAUUUGGACGGUACAGUUAUUGUAUGGAAGCGAGCAAAAACUAGUUAGAGUGAUUCCACAUCACGAAGAAUGCUUUAAUACAGCAAAAUUGUAGGUCCUGCUGGAUGGUUCCAGUAAAGGCAUUGUAUUUUGUACAUUGUACCUUCAUCAUAUUGUUUGUAACAUAACCACGAGGCUGGGGAAAGAAGAUUAACCGGCCUUGAUUGUAUUUACAGAAGUAUAUAGGUCUCCCAGUAGAGUGUAAAGCAUUUAUCCCGGUAUAUCAUGUAUCAUUCUUUAGGACUGUAUCUUUGUAUCAUUCAUGAUUUUGUCCUCCAAUUACAUAUCUUUUCAAGUCAAA